AUGGCUCAACCCCUUGGUUUCAUUGAUCCUACUCGUCCUUCUUAUGUUUGCAAGAUCCACAAAGCACUCUAUGGCCUCAAACAAGCACCUCGUGCUUGGUUCCAUCGCAUUAGUGGCCACUUUGACAUCAAAGACCUUGGUGUACUCAACUAUUUCUUAGGUUUACAAGUUCUUCAUAAGGAUGGUACUUUCCACCUCAAUCAACUCAAAUAUGCACAUGAUCUUUUACAGAAAGCCAAUCUUCUCAACUCCAAACCCACAUCUACUCCAUUGGCUGCCGAGGUUCUCCUCUCUGUGUCUGAUAGUGCUCUUAUCUCCAACCCAACCGAGUAUUGCAAGCUUGUUGGCAGUUUACACUAUUUCACUCUUACUUGCCCUGACAUAUCUUUUGCCAUCAGCACUGUUGAUUAG